GUUGGAGGGAGGGCGUGUAUCAUACCAGAUAACGUGACGCUGGUGGAAUAAUAACAGAUCUGUCACCCACCACCAAGGAUUCUACACAAGUCUACCUUCCUCGUUCAACACACAGCACCACUGAGGGCCUGACACAAGAGGAGGCAGCCUGCACACCAUUACUUCGCAGAGGGAGCUGCAGUCUACCUCGCCUGGGCACGGCUGAAGGAGCUCUGUGGUAGUGUGAGUCGUGGUCAUGGUUCGCAAGGACGCCCGUGCAUCCUCCUCAUCCUCGUCCUCCUCCUCAUCCUAUCCCUCAUCCUCGGCAAAGUACCAGAGGCUCACACAAGAGGAUGAUGGUUUUGUUGAUGACCAGUUCAAGAUUAUUGAGUUCUACGUCUGUUUCUUGCGGUUCGUGUCCUCGGUCAAACUUCGACUUUUGGCAGGAUCUGUGGCCAAGAGUAUAUAUGAAGCAUCUCUUAAUUAUGAUGUGGUGACCAAGCUUUCCAACGAUGCGAAAUGGAGCGAGGACGGGGCACAGGCGGCGGUGGCGGCGGUGCGGUGGGUGUUGAAGAGUGCCGCAGGAGCCGCCGUGACGCCCUCCGUGCUGGACUCAGAGCUCCAGCAACUAGGUCUGCCCAAGGAGCACGCCGCCGCCCUCACCAGAGUGUACGGUGACCAUCUGCCGCGCCUCACGCACCACCUGCACCAGACGAGCCUCAAGGAGGGUGGAGAGGUGCAGUGGCAGUGCAGGGUGGCUGGUGUGGGUGUGGGUGCCAACAUGGAGCCAGUGGUGGAACUUGGGCUGGAACAAGCAGGAGGCUCCACCAAGGUUGUCCUCACUCCCACACAGCUUCAUGCUCUUGUUCAUGAGUUGAGUGAGGCACGGCAACUCAUGGAUGCUGUACACUAGUGGCUCAUCAGUGGCAGCAUUGGCUUGGCAGCAGCAGUAGCAGCAUCAUCAUCAUCACUAACAGCAGUAUAGCCAGUCAGAGGAACAGUCUAUUGACAGUUACUCAUCACCAAAGCUAGUUCUGAGUGGACAGAUAACUUACUGCCUCCAUCUUUCCUUUCUCCCUCCAGUACACACGGUUACUUAUUCAGUGUGUGUGUGUGUGUGUGUGUGGCAGCCCAGUGAUAGCACCCCAAUGUUGUCACAUAUUCUUGCCAAGAACUAAGUAUUCUCAACUUUUCCUCCCAGUGCUGAGAUGCAUACAGCUGACUGACUGUAAGCUGACUCGAUUCAUUCUUCCUUAUUCAUGUGAUUGAAGGAGAUGUCUUACUUGUUUGUUGGUGAGGCCUAAUUCACACUUCUCUUUUAGUUUGUCCGUCUGGAGAGAGAGCAUAAGAACAUAAUUAAAUAAGGGAAGAGCAAGAAGCCAUCAGGUGUAUUCAGGCCAGUUCCUCUAUGAAACAUACCUAUUUCCACCUAUCAUCUGGAGAGAAAGAGUGCACCAUCAGUGACAUCACUCUGCCAACAGAAAAAUUAUUCAGAACUGGAAAUAUUCCUCCAUGAGGCAUGAGUGCUGUUAUCACUAUUUAUGGAGUUACAUUAGCACUUUCAUCUAACAGAAGGAUAUUUAGCAGAUCUGAUUAAUUUUUCUACUGACAGAGGGAUGUUUCUGGUCACACACUUUUCCUUAAGAUGGAUGCAUGAAACAGGUGGUGUGAAGCAGGUCUGAGUAGGCAGUCCUCAGAAAUAAGUAAUAAAUAGUUUUUCAAUCCUCACUUCUAUCAUUUCUUCUUAUGAUUUCAGUAGAAAAGAAAUUUCAUUCAAAAUUAAGUUAUCAGCUCAAAGGCAACAAAUUUAUCAACAAAGAAAGGUUAAUUAUGACUUUGUGUUUUCUUUCUUUCCUGUGAUUUAUCCACCUCAGAAGUGGAGUUGAUUAAUCUAUCCAAAUAAUGAAGUAACUCAGGCAGCACCAGCUUGUGUGUGUUGCAUCAGGUGUGUUGCUGUGGGCAGAGGUGCAUGCCAUUUCUUGACAUCUUCCAUUACUGAAUGCAGGAAACUUAUUGAAAUUUCAUGUUGAUUAUGUGUCAUAUUCUAUGUAAUUCAUGUGUAUUUUUAAGGAUUCCAUUAAAACUAAAUUUAUUA